AUGUGCUGGACAGAAAAGCCCUGCGGGGUUCGGCUGCCAAAAGAGGCAGCACGAUGUCCCACGGGGGCUGGAGAGCAGUCAGCACCGAGAGGGAAAGCAGCAAAGAGUUCCCAGCUCUCCUCCCUACCCCGCGGGAUAGACUCAGGGCAUCCCUGCACCCUCCGCCAAAGCUUCUGGGGCACCGCCGCACCUCCCGGCACUGCCUCCGGGGCAUCCCUGCAUCCGUGUACCUCCGGAACCACCCACGCAUCCCUCGGCACGGCCUCCCGGGGGUCCCCGCAUCCCCAGAGCAUCCCCUCAUCCUCCGGGGCAUCCCUGCAUCUCCGGAACCACCUCCCAACCACCCAGGCAUCCCCCGGCACGGCCUCGCGGGGGUUUCCGCAUCCCCCCGAGCAUCCCCGCAUCCUCCGGGACAGCGUCCGGGGCAUCCCUGCAUCCGUGUACCUCCGGAACCACCAACGCAUCCCCCCGAGCAUCCUCCGGGGCAUCCCUGCAUCUCCGGAACCACCUCCUGGCCACCCACGCAUCCCUUGGCACGGCUUCCCGGGGGUCCGAGCAUCCCCGCAUCCUCCGGGACAGCCUCCCGGCCACCCCCUCUCCCCCCUGACGGGCUCGGCAGCGGCUUCCCAGCGGGUCCGCCCGCUCCGGGGGCGGCCUUGCCCCCCGCCCCCGCCGCGCCAUUGGCCCCGCCGCCGGCAGCGCUCCGCCCCGCUCCCGGUGAUGCCUCCGCCGAAGUUUUCCGCGGCGGGCUCCGCACGUGGGAGCCGCGCGUCGAGCCCCGCCGAGCGGCUCCCCGGCCGCCCCGAGCGCCGUCCCCCGCGGGGGAUGCCCCCCUGA